AAGACUUUCAUUCUCAUACCUGAACCAGAAAAAGGCAGGAGCGAAUGAUGGAAUUCGGUAACUAAGAUCCGAAAGCUAAACAAAUGGAGUAGUGCAGUACGGGCCGUCGGCAAUGUCAUGCACACAACAUAAAUUACUGUAAUACACGGUGCAAUGCUACGCAAAACAGAACUUUCGUAUAAAGGAAAGAUGCAUCCGAAAAGGAUACGACUCCAUACUGUUGUAGUACACGAAAAAUUAAGGAAAGAAAGAAAAUGCAGCGAUUAGUAUCGGAUGCAGACUAAUGCAGUUUUAUUUCACACUCUCAGUAUAAAGUACUGGAAACGUACAUGUAUCGAUGUUAUUCUCUAGUCUCUACUCCUAGUUUUGGUGGAGUAUCAACAUAAAGCUUCUUUAUGCAAAGAAAAUGUUCUCUCUGUACGAUACUGCACGAACCAACUUUCUUUGUCAUCAUCACUUACUACUGCUACUACUGCACCCAUUGAUCCCCCCAGUCAUGGCGCUCAUAUAAACUUCCUCCCUCCCUCAUCUCCUCCUCUGCAACAACCUCUCUCUCUCUCUCUCUCUCUCUCUCUCUCUCUCUCUCUCUCUCACAAAUGGCUUUUCAAUUCAGUUUCAUUCUUGCUUUGUCACUUCUUUCUCUAUUCAACCCUUUUCAAGCAGCUGCAACAGCCAACCAGUCUCAAUUCUUUACUCUCAUGAGAAACUCUCUCAAAGGAAACCUCUUGUCUUAUUGGAACAACACCAGUACUGGAUUCACACCCUUUUGCAGCUACACCGGUAUCGGCUGCAACGAGAAUGGGGACGUGGUGAGCAUCGACCUCUCCGCUCAGUCCCUUUCUGGCCACUUCCCUGACGACGUGUGCUCCUACCUCCCUCGGCUCCGUAUUCUCCGCCUCGGCCACAACAACCUCCAUGGCAAUUUCCCAAGCAGUAUCACCAACUGCUCUCUCUUAGAACAACUCAAUAUGAGCUCCACAUACCUGACAGGAAAGCUGCCGGAUUUUUCCCCAUUGACCUCGCUCAGGUUACUUGACCUCUCCUACAACCAUUUCGCCGGUGAUUUCCCUCUCUCUGUCACCAACCUAACAAAUCUUGAGGUUCUAAACUUCAAUGAAAACGGAGGUUUCAACUUAUGGGAAUUGCCGGAGAAUAUUUCAGGACUGAAAAAACUCAAUACCAUGGUCUUGACAACGUGCAUGGUACGCGGGUUUAUCCCAAGAUCACUAGGAAACAUGACAUCGCUGAGUGAUCUGGAAUUGAGUGGGAAUUUCCUAGUGGGUCGGAUUCCCAUAGAGCUUGGGUUGCUAAAGAACUUGAAGCAACUCGAGCUUUACUACAACCAACAACUUGAGGGGGAAAUACCUGAGGAGCUUGGAAAUCUCACAGAGCUCAUAGACCUGGACAUGUCUGUGAACAAGUUAAGUGGAAAAAUCCCGGAAUCUAUAUGGCGACUUCCAAAGCUUCAAGUGUUGCAGCUUUACAACAAUACCCUCAUUGGAGAAAUCCCUGAGGCCAUUGAAAGCUCAACGACUCUAACAACGUUGUCGCUCUACGACAACUUCUUGACUGGAGACGUUCCUAAAGGCCUCGGGCGAUCAUCACCCUUGGUUCUUUUGGAAUUGUCCGAAAAUCGACUUUCUGGAGAGCUCCCAGCGGAGGCAUGCAAUGGAGGUAAAUUGCUUUACUUUCUUGUCUUGGGAAAUAGUUUUUCUGGGAGACUACCGGAAAAUUAUGCAAGGUGCGAGUCUCUGAUACGGUUUCGAGUUAGUUAUAACCGUUUGGAGGGAACCAUACCAGAAGGGCUUCUUGCUCUUCCCCAUGUCUCAAUCCUUGAUAUUGGUUACAACCGUUUGAAUGGAUCCAUUCCCAAGUCAAUUGGAAAUGCCAAGAACUUAUCGGAACUUUUCAUACAGAGUAAUGGGAUUUCAGGUGUCCUGCCUCCAGAAAUCUCUCAAGCUGUCAAUCUAGUCAAGAUUGAUCUCAGCAACAAUCUCUUGUCUGGUCCCAUACCUUCUGAAAUCGGCAACCUAAGAAAGCUAAAUUCAUUGAUGUUGCAAGGUAACAAGUUCAAUUCAUCCAUCACAGAUUCUCUUUCUUCACUAAAAUCUCUAAAUGUCCUUGAUCUCUCCAACAAUCACUUGAUGGGGAGUAUUCCAGAGAGUCUGUGUGAAUUGCUACCAAACUCGAUGAACUUUUCCGACAAUCUACUUUCUGGUCCAAUUCCUCUUCCAUUUAUAAAGGGCGGAUUAGUAGAAAGUUUUUCAGGUAACCCAGGUCUCUGUGUGUCAGUCUACCUUAGUUCAUCACAUAUAAACUUCCCCAUGUGUUCACGGUCUUCUAACCGAAAGAAAAUAAAUGUUAUCUGGGUAAUCACGAUAUCAAUGGCGAUUAUGAGUGUUGGAAUUCUUUUGUAUAUAAAGAGACGGGUGUGUAAAGAAAAUUCCAUGAUGGAACGCGAUGAGACUUCCUCGUCCUCAUUUUUCUCAUAUGAUGUGAAAAGCUUCCAUCUAAUAAGCUUUGAUCAACGUGAAAUCGCUGAAGCCAUGAUUGAUAAGAACAUAGUGGGGCAGGGAGGAUCUGGGACGGUAUACAAGAUUCAGUUAAGCAAUGGGGAAGUUGUCGCUGUGAAGAAACUGUGGAGUCGAAGUACAAAGGACUUUGCUUCAGAGGAUCAUUUGGAUUUGGACAAGGAGUUGAAAACUGAGGUUGAGACUCUGGGAAGCAUAAGGCACAAGAACAUUGUCAAGUUGUACUCCUACUUCUCGCGUUUGGAUUGCAGCUUGUUGAUUUAUGAGUACAUGCCUAACGGGAACCUUUGGGAUGCACUUCACAAUGGAAAAAUCCUUUUGCAUUGGCCCACCCGCCAUCAGAUUGCGCUGGGGGUUGCUCAGGGUUUGGCCUACCUCCACCAUGAUCUGAAGCUACCUAUCAUUCAUAGAGACAUCAAGUCGACCAAUAUUUUGUUGGAUAUCACUUACAAACCAAAGGUCGCGGAUUUUGGCAUAGCCAAAGUGUUGCAAGCAAGAGGAGGGAAAGAUUCCACCACUACUGUCAUUGCAGGGACUUAUGGAUACAUGGCUCCAGAAUACGCAUACACUUCAAAGGCUACGACCAAGUGUGACGUCUACAGUUUUGGAGUCGUAUUGAUGGAACUAGUAACUGGAAGGAAGCCAGUGGAGGCAGAGUUUGGAGAGGACAAGAACAUUAUAUAUUGGGUUUCAACCAAAGUGGAGACCAAAGAAGGACCUAUUGAAGUUUUAGACAAACAACUAUCCGGGGCGUUCAAAGACGAGAUGAUUAAGGUGCUCAAGAUUGCCAUCCGUUGCACGUAUAAAUUACCCAGCCAUCGCCCAACGAUAAGUGAGGUAGUUCAGUUGCUCAUUGAGGCGGAUCCGUACGGAUGCGAUAUUUGCAAGUCUUCAAAUAAGACUAGAGAAUCAGCAGAUGUUACCAAGACACAGAGUUGAACUGAUAUAUGAUUACACAGGAGAUGUUGAGGGGUUUAACGUGUCCUAUAGCAUUUGUCGAAUAGUAGUAUUAGCACUUAAACUAUAGAGACAAUGAACUACUGACCUUGUUUGUUUUUUCUAUGAAAAAGUAGUAUGCUAGAUUUAUACUCUCUUUUCUGCAGUCAUAUGUUUCUGCUUUUCUCCUUGGCAUAUUGUAAAAAGAUUUUUGAGGAACUGCUUAAUGUGAACGCAUAGCAUCUGAUAUAUUUAAUAUCUACGGGAAAUAGGCCUUUUUGUUCC